AGUUGAGUACAGGAGUACAGUUGAAUACAUUUUAAUUGACUAUAUUUUUAUUUUUACCAUUUAUUGACAUCAAUCUUUUUAUCUAUAAAUUACUUUUAAUGUGAGCGAUAUUUUCUUCGACAAAUUAUAAUAAUUUUAUCUCCCCUUUUCUCUUCAAAAAUGUAAGAGACUUAUUAGAUCUAAAUUGCCUUAAUGUUAAAUUACCGUUGUAUUUGCGUUAUAUAAAAGUAGAACUGCUUUAUUUUUAUGUAAUUUUCGCAUUGCUAAUAUCCAUUGGUUCUUACCACCUUUGUUAUUUUGUCUUUGAGGUAAUGUAUGUUUUUUCGCUCGCGCGAAUUACACUUAAGUGAUCGUAUCUUAAUACGAUGUGCGCGCAUUCUUAUCUCGCUACAAUAAAUAACACCUUUUAUGUUUUAUACACAUUACUCGUUAUUGCUCAUAAUCGAGCAUUCUGAGUGAAAGUAAAGCUCGUAAAUCCACGGCUGGGCAGAAGACAUAUCGUGAUAGCUCAUUUGCGGCACCAAGGAAAGUACGAAAAACAUUUCCCGGAAAAUUAAAAUUUAUUUAAAUGAAUUCGGCUAUGUAAAGAAAAAAAUGUGAAACUCUUGAAAGAAAUUAGAAAAUAUAAUUUCGAUAACUUUGAAUCACCAUUAUAAAGCACAUUUGAAAUCAUAGAUUUUUUGUUAUUUAUUUAUUUAAACGAAGUUAACUGUAUAAAGAAAAAAACAUUAAAUUCUCGAAAGCAAUAAUGAUAGACAAAUAGUUGAAUAGUAUAAUAUAUUUGAUAAAUUUGAAUCACUAUUAUAAAAGAUCUUUUUAUCUUUUUUAAUAUUCUUUUCAUACCUCUUAACAUUUUAACGACAUACAUUUAGAAACAUAAUUUUCGAGAAGAUAUAUAAUCCUCAGUCUCAACAGCAUAGGGACACUACGAAAACUUAUAUCAUUUAUUUUGAUUCAUAUCACACAUCUUCGGAAAAAUCACACAAAAUCGGAAAGGGCACGUUACAUUUCCCUAUAUUUCCCUAGAAAAGAACGGAACGUCCCGAGGUGACAGUCGAUCACGAACUUAUAUGUACACGUGUGGGGAAGCCAUUUGUUUCAUAGGAAACAUGUUCGUUCGGCGAACAGAGAUCGUGCAAUUAUUGCUGUUGUACUGCAUCGUCGCACAAAGUUAUCCCUUGACCAACAAGGUUGGAUCAUCAUUGAUGCAAUCAAAAACGGAAUCGGAGCUAACUACCGAGGAAGCUGUGGCGGAUACUACGAAUCACCGAAUGCGACGACAAACAUCUCGUGAAAGGGAUUGGAGAAAUUGGCUUAAUUUGUUUACUUGGUUAUUGUCAGAUACCACUGACAAUCAAAGAGGUGAAAAGAAAACCGAUGAUAAAGAGAGCCAAUUACUUCGUAUGGAGUUCGACAUAGAUAGCCAAAAUGAUAAGAUAUCUAUGGCCAAUUUCGACGCUGAGGAUAUUUCGAAAAACGAAGAUUCGUUCAAUUGUAAAGGUAUCUUUAUCUUUACAUUGCUUUGCCUCGAACUCGAUCCAAUUCCCAUCAAAUUAACUAUGAAAAUGGGAAGAAUUAAUGAAUCAUUAAAUAUUGAUUCGAUGCCAAUGAAACAAGUCGAGACAAUAUCGAAAGGUAAAAACGUAAGAACAAAGAGAUUGGUACAUAAUCCCGAUUCCUAUGUUGAACUUGAGCUAAAACGGAACACAGAAUUAGCAAUGCGACACAUACAUCUGACGAAUUAUUCAAUUAUCUGACAGGACUUUUAAUUAACACGUUACGUAUUAUAAAAAAUAAUAACAUUGUAGAAAUGCAUAUGCUAAUAACAAAAAGGAUACU